CACGGCAUUCACACUGUUUUAUGGUAUCAGAGCUACGAAUUAGGGCAUCAAAUUGAUAAGCUUCUCCUAGGUUUUUCGCCGUCUAGGUUUCCUCUUUUCUUCUCUAGUUUCUUUGUGUCUUGUAUUCAUGGCGUCUUCUUCAGCCCUUACCACUACCACUACUCCAGUGAUCUCUUCUGAAUCAACACUUCCCAUUAUCCCUGUUCUUAAUCCUGUCAUACCAAAUACAAAUUCCUCAAUUUUUACUCAUCCUGUGUUCUCAGCCUCAAAUAUUAAACAUCUUGUCCCUAAAACAUUGACCCAUCAAAACUUUAUGCUUUGGAAAGAACUCAUGAUUCCUGUUCUUCGCAGCAAAGGAGUUUAUGGAUAUGUUGAUGGAUUCGAUCCGUGCCCAUCACCUAUGGAUUCCACUUUUGAGCAAUGGCACCAAAUAGACUGUCAAGUUCUCUCCUGGAUUCAAUCUACUAUUGCUUCUGAGGUUCUUCAAAUGAUUAUUCAACCAGGAAGAUCACUUACUACAAAGCAAGCAUGGGAUGCGAUUCAAGAAUCUCACCAAGAUCAACUUGUUGCUCAGUCCAUGUUAUAUCGUCAGGAGUUCAUGGCUUUAAAGAAAGAACCAGAACAAUCUACGAUAUCAUCUCUUCAACGUACCAAGACUACUUCCGAUCGAUUAUUUGGAAUUGGUGAAUCUGUUUCUGAUCGAGAUCUGGUUUUGCAUACUUUGGCUGGACUUGAUUCUGCUUAUACUGUUUCUAAACGCACUAUACCUCAAAGGGUGCCCUUUCCUUCUUUUAAUCAACUUCGUUCCCUGUUGUUGAUUGAGGAAGCUACUGUGUUGCGUGAAUCUAGACAAGCCAUGGCUGUAGCUCCCUUUUCAUCUCCACAAGUCUUAGGUCGGUAUUCUGGUGCAAGAUUUAAUGGACAACAACAAAAGUAUUUUGGUGGAGGACGGUUUCACAACCAACAAAAUUAUCAUCCUCGGCCAGAUUAUUCAUCAUCUCGACCACUCACCUCUCAUGGCUAUCAAUCUUCAAGAUCUGGUCCUGCUACAAGAUUUUCAUGGGAUAAUACUACUCUCCCUCCUUUGCUGUCUACACCUGUGAUCUGUCAAUGGUGUCUUCAACCAAACCAUCAAGCUCGUGAUUGUCCAUCUAUACCUCGUACUUCACAGCAGCUUUCUUAUCCUCAGACCUUCAUAGCUGAUAAUGCUUCCACUGUCAGUGGUGAUCCUAGCUGUUAUUUUGACUCUGGUGCUGCAGUUCAUGUCUUAAAAAAAUUCAGGUUACAGUUUCAAACUCCUUAUGAGGUUCUUUAUGGAAAAGUGCCCUCUUAUGAUCAUUUGCGAAUUUUUGGAUGUGCUUGCUACCCAAAUUUAUCAGCUAUUGCCCCACAUAAGCUAGCCCCACGUUCUACAUUAUGUGUUUUUCUGGGUUACUCAUCCCAUCACAAAGGCUUUCACUGUUUGAAUUUGGAAACUCAUCGAAUCAUUAUUUCCCGUCAUGUGAUUUUUGAUGAACAAAGUUUUCCUUAUACUUCUACCACUUCUCUCUCACACAAACCAAAUUCAUCCUCUGAUUUUCGCACACCUUUUCACCUUUUGGAUAAUGUUUUGCCUCUUAAUUCUCCAUCACCCAUUAGCCCCUUCAUACCAAGCCCAACCGCAAAUUCUUCUCCACAAAUUUCUAGCCCACUUUCCAAACCCACAAAUUUCUCCAAUAAUGAGCCCGCCAUCCUUCCUUCCCCACCUAAUUUUGGUUUGCAAGCACAACACCAUUCCACUCCAGUUUCUUCCCAACCUGCUGCAUGUCCGCCACUUGUUCCAGUUUCUUCACAACCUGCUGCAUGUCCGCCACCUGUUUCACUGCCUCCAUCGCUGAGUGCUCAACAAUCUUAUGUCAUGCCUGCAAUUGAUACAUCUGAUUCUUGUUCUAGUCAGCAUCCUCCUACAGCAGUUCUCACACAUCCUAUGGUAACGAGGUCUCAAGAUGGAACUCGUAAGGCGGUUCGUCAACCAGAGUGGUGUACAGCGAUGGCAGAGGAGUAUAAUGCUCUUUUGGGCAAUAAUACAUGGGAUUUAGUUCCUUCUCCUCCUACUGUUAAUAUUGUUGGUUCUAAAUGGGUCUACCGAAUUAAGCAGAAAUCAGAUGGUACCAUAGAAAGAUUUAAAGCUCGUCUAGUUGCUCAGGGAUACACUCAACAACCUGGUGUCGAUUAUGAUGACACCUUUAGUCCUGUGGUUAAACCAAUGACCAUUCGGAUAGUCUGGACUCUUGCUAUUUCAUCAUCUUGGCCAUUCAUCAGUCAGAUGCUGAAGAAAGCUCUUUAUGGUCUUAAACAAGCUCCUUGGGCAUGGUUUCAUCGGUUUGCUUCUUUCUUGAAAUCUUGUGGUUUUAUUCAGGCUUGGACUGACUCUUCUAUGUUUUUGUAUAAAAACCGUGAGUCCAUGGCAGUGCUAUUACUAUAUGUUGAUGAUAUCAUUUUGACUGCAUCUACUUCUUCAUUAUUAUCUUCAGUGCUUUCUCUUUUAAAGAAGGAGUUUUUAAUGACAGAUUUGGGUCCGUUGAAUUAUUUCUUGGGUGUUUCGGCUACUCGUAAUUCAGAUGGUAUCUUUUUAGAGCAAUCCAAGUAUGUUCUUGAUUUACUGGAUCAUACUGGUAUGUCUAAUUGCAAGUCGGUAGCUACUCCUCUUGAUUCCAGGAAGAAAUUAGCUCUUACUGAUGGUCCACGACAUUCUGAUCCUUCUGGGUACCGAAGUAUUGUUGGUGCAUUGCAAUACUUUACUUUCACUCGUCCUGAUAUUGCUUUCUCAAUACAGCAAGUCUCUCAAUAUAUGCAUUCUCCUACUGUUUAUCAUUUUCAGGUUGUGAAACAUAUUCUUCAGUAUUUGAAAGGCACUUUACAUUAUGGUCUUCAGCUUCGCCGAAUCAAGACAAUUUCUCUUCAUCUUUUUACUGAUGCUGAUUGGGCAGGAUGCCUUGAUACUCGUCGAUCCACAUCUGGGUUUUAUCUAUUUCUUGGUAAUUCUUUGAUCUCUUGGUCCUCUAAAAAGCAAUCCACAGUGUCCCGUUCUAGUGCUGAGGCAGAAUAUCGUGCCAUUGCUAAUGCUGUAGCUGAAGCAACAUGGGUUCGUCAACUUCUUUAUGAGUUAUAUUUUCCGGUGUCUUUCCCCACUGUUCUUUAUUGUGAUAAUAUCAGUGCUUUGUACAUGUCAACCAAUCCAAUUCAGCAUCAACGUACUAAACAUAUAGAGAUUGACUUGCAUUUUGUUCGUGACAAGGUUGCCUCUCAGCAAGUUCGAUUGCAAUAUGUUUCUUCUCGUCAUCAGUGGGCUGACAUUUUGACAAAAGCACUUCCUAUUAUGCCUUUUCGGUACUUGCGUGGCAAUUUGUGCAUUCUUUCUAAUCCUGCCCAAAUUGAGGGGGGAUGAUAGAGUAUUAUAUAUUAGUGAAGGGCAAUUGUGUAAUUCUGUCCAUUAUAUGCUGUAUAUAUAUGAGUUUGAUCAAUGAUAAUACUCACGGCAUUCACACUGUUUUAUGUGUAUUUCUUUGUUCCAUUCAGUUUUGUUCAUCUAUUUUCAUUUAAAUAAAUGCAGGCAAUCUACUUUUCCUGUUCUGAAACCAAAAAAAAAAAUAUCAUGAUGACUAGAGGGUGAUUUUCACAGUGGGGACCCAACCAGAUGAGUGGUCCUCUCUUUGAGUGUCUAAACCAGAGUUUCUCUAGGUUUGUCUUGUUACUUUGAAGUCAUAUGUGCCCUUAAUCGAUUUAUGAAUUUGAUAAGUUUAGUUUCAUAUUAAAUCAAAACUUUAAGCAAAGAAUUUAUUCCAUUUCAGGUUAGAGAUUAUGGUGUUUUUGCAUUUGUUACUUUGCUGAUUGUUAAUGAUAGAAUCUGGAGUCUGGACUCCUUACCACUUUGUGAACUACAUUUUGAGAAAAUCUUUUCCCUUUGACAAGAGCACUGCAGCUUCACUAGUAUAAAUGAUGGUGGUAGUCCUUUCAGUUUUUCUUGGAAUUGAAAGAUCUUGGUGCCAUAGUUUAUGUGUACACACAUUUUGAAGUAGUGAGGAUUCCAUUGAAUUUUACUUGGAAUUAACCAAAGGAUCGACUCUUCCACCAUUUCUCAGGCACUUGUGCUUUUAUGGUAGAAUAUCUCUUUCAAUUUCCAACAAACGAAGAAGAUGGUAUGGCUUUUCAAACCUUUUUCUUUGAAUCUAAAACAUAUUAUACCUGGUUUUGAAUAAACUCUUUCUAUAGCU